GUUGACUCAUUCAUGAUUAGACAAGUUGCCAAGUUGGAAUCGAGAUAUGUGUAUUAAAAAAGUACGGUUAAAUUUGACUUAAUUAACUUCGUCAUAUAUUAACAAUCCAAUCAUGCAUCCCUCCAAUCAUGCAUCCCUCCAUAAAUACUGAUAUAUACAUUUCAUCUCCCUUCAUAUUCCAUUCUGAAAGGGGAAUAGAAAGAAAAAAGAAAAGAAAUUGUAGACAGUGUGAGAGAAAGUUUGUGGAAGAAAUGUCAGAAAUAAUUCACAAGAUUGAAGAGGUCCUCCAUAUUGGGCAUCAUGGAAAGGCAGCAGAAGGAGGAGGAGAUGACAAGCACAAAGAUGACAAAGUACACAAGGAAGAAGAAAGCCAUGGUGGUCAUGAAGAGCAAAAGACGGGCUUGAUGAGUAAGAUCAUUCACAAGAUUCAGGAACAUCACGAGAAGAAGAAGAAGAACAAGAAGAAAGGAAAGAAAGAAAAAGGGUACGGCCACGGUGGUGGUGGUCACCACGGCGGCGAACAUGAAGGUGAAGAAGGAGAGGAAGAAGAAGAGGAAGAGGAAGAGGAGGAAAGCAGUAGCAGUGAGGAGGAGGAGGAGGAAGAAGAAGAAGAUGACGAGUAAUUAUUAUUAAUGAUAUAGAUCGGUCGAUCUCAACUUUUGUUAUUAUUAUGUGUUGGAUUUGAUUUACUUCUUCUUUUUUUUUUUUUUUUAGUGUUCUUCAUCUUCAAAUUCUCAUGGUUUUGUUCUUGUAGAUUGAUACAUUUUUCAUCUUUCAUGUGUGUGUGUGUGAGAGAGAGAGAGUUUUUGUAAGUUCAGUAGUGAAAAUGUUGAUGAUUUUUGGAAAUUAAUUGUGAUGAGUGAUUUUUCAUAUUAGUUUUAUUAUUUUAUCUAUCAAAUCUUGAAUUAUUAAUCAACCCUCUGUACUUUCGAGGGUAAGGUAGUUUGAUUAACCAUCCAAUAUUAUUGAUCACGCCACUUUUACUCCACAAUCUACAAUCUUCCCAUCUUUUAUUUUUUCUUUUUUCUUUUUGUGUUUCUUUGCUUAAUUCUCUGUUUUCAGUAGUUACCUUUAUCCACCUAUAGUUUUUUAAUCCAUGGUAGCUAGCUAGUCGCUGGCAUAUUCAAUGCUUGACCCAAAAUAAGAAAACUUCAACUUUCCGACAUCACACAUGAACAAAUUUGUUUUAUACUACCUAGAUAAGUUUCGAUUCGUGAGGAAAAG